AUGAUUGCCCUCAGACCAUCUCAAAGUUAUACCUUCAAUGCUUAUGAAGGAUAAUAAAAUCUGAUUAAAUUAGAUAUUGACCCAUUAGAAUAAAUAAACUGGUGGCAUUAUUUUUCAUUAAUAUAUCGACCAUCAAUUAGAAAAAUGGAAUAUUUAAUAGUUAAAGGAGAUCAACUAUUACUUUAUUAUAAAAUGAAUGCAGAUUUAUUCACUAGAGAAAAUUUAAUUAUGAUCAUAGGUAGUGGUCUUAUUGUACAAAAUUCAAAUAUUGAAUCAAUAGAAAAUGAAUCGAAAUUUUCAUAUUUCCAGGAAGUAUAUAUUAAGUAACAAGAAGACACAACCAAUUCUAUUAAUACAAUCAUUAAGCUAUUUUAAUAAUCCCAACUAACAAGCUCAUUAAUUUAAUUUCAAUCUAAUUCAAAUAAACUUGUUUUUCAUAUUAAUAAAUGA